CACCGGGUCCCAGAUGGAGAUUCCCCGCCAGCACUUGGCGAUCGCCGAGGAACAUUGACAGGCGGGAGGUCUGUAUCAUGCUGCUUUGUAUUGAUCUGCAUCGUAGAGCAAUACAAAGCAGCAUGUCUCCCUAGUAAAACACACACCGCACAUAAUGUAAAACACAACACACAGUUAACCCUUUGAUCACCCCAGAUGUUAAACCCUUCCUGCCCAGUGUCAUUAGUACAGUGUCAGUGCUUUUUAUUAGCACUGAUCACAGUAUUAGUAUCACUGGGGAUGUCAGUGACAGUCAGUUCCCACCCAGUGUCAGAAAGCUCGCCGCAGUCCC